GCUUUUGGCUAUUUUGUGAUUAGCUUAGCUGUUCUGGGUCACUUGUUGGUCAAUCGAAGGUACAACGAAGUCGUAAACAUAUUCCUUGUUCACUAAAUGAACUGUUUCUUAUGUUUCUUUUGAGUUUAGUAUAUUAAAUAAUAUGAUAAGUUAUUCAUUUAUGAAAGUUAACAACUUCUUGUUGAAUUAAAAUUCGUGCUUUAACUAUGGAUCCAUUGCAAACUGAUGACCAACUUAAAAUAGUGAAUCGAUCAAUGACACAUACUAUUAGUAAAAAAAUAAUUCGUAAAGUGCCUUACUUUGAAAGGAUGUUGAGCCAUGAUGUAUUGGAAUCAAAGGAAAAUAAAGUUGAACUGGAUUUCGAUGAAAAAGCUUUCAAAUCAUUUUUAAAUUGGAUUAGAUUCGAUAGUGCCAUAAUUGAUAUGAAAUACGUUAUAACACUUUGCAACAUAAGUGAUUAUUUUGGAAUGAACUACUUGAUGCAAGAAUGCACUGAAUAUUUUCGCAAAAGGUUUUCGAUUGAACAUCUUGCGACUGUUAUACCUCAAGUCACUGAAAAUUGCAUGUUGAUCAAUUCUGAUACUCUCAAUGCUUUCAUCUGUCGCCAUUUCUUGAAGAUAGCAAACACAUCUGUUUGGUUAAGUUAUCCUGUUGAAACAAUAGAGUACAUUUGUGCUUUGGAUUUGAUGAUUUAUUCAGAAUAUCAAGUCUUCCAGGCGAUCGCAAGAUGGGUCCAUUUCAAUGCUUAUUCUAGAAAAUGUCAUCUUGGAAGAUUGUUAAGAUUAGUUCGAUGGUGUCAUUUAAAAGAGAAAGAUUUAUCUGAGAUAAAGGAAAAUGAACUGUUCAAAUCAUCAGGUUUUGAGCCAAAAUCUUGCUUACCUUCCAAACAUAAUUGUGAUUGUUUCUUUAACAGAGUUAAGCAAAAUUGUUUCAUUAUUAUUGAAAAAUUGAAUGGUACAGAUUUGCGAAUCACAGUACUUGGCAAUAAUUUUCUGUUCCUGUUUAAUCGAGUUAUAAAAUUGGACGAAUCAAUAUCACCGAAUCUGCUUCACGAUGAACAUAUUUCUGAUAUUUUGUACCAUUCUGGAAGGAAAGCAAUUCGAAUUGAUUGGAAUCGAAAUGAAUAUCGCUUUUUCAAUGAGAAAGAUUUCAGAUCUUAUCUAUUUAGCACCUGUAGAUUGCUUGCGAAUCACUCGAUAAAAUAUUGUUGGAAACCUUCUGGAUUCCGGCCUAUCUACAGAUACACAAUACGCGACACAACUGAUGCAAGACUUAUUUAUACCCAUGGUCAUGAUGAGGAAUUUGAGUUUUGGUUAACGAAAAUAAUGCAAUCUGGUGAUGAAAUCAUGAGGAAUUCUAGACUUCAUGAUACGCUGAUAAAACUUCGUGUAACUGUGCUUUCCAGUAAUAUCUUCAUUCUGACAAAUAAGCUUGAGUUUGGCAUGUUCAAUAUUCGCCACAAACAUUUCAAGAAGAUUGAGCUUCCAAAAUUGGAUGAUGGAUAUGAAUUUGAAUACGAAAGCUUGUUUUUAACUUCAAGUGUAGAUCAUGCUGAUCGAGUUUUUUUGAUCGAUCAAUCCACGGAAAAAGCCUUUUGUUUAAAUAUUACUAAUCAAGAAUGGAGUUUAAUCGGUGGUUUGUUUAUUGAUCCUUAUCCAACAGCUAAUUCUGGCCGAAGUUGUGGUUAUAGUUUAAGGGAAUCUAAUAAGUUGAUCACAUUGACCCCAGCUUUUCUACCGCUAGACAUCAUCAGUAAUUGCUCGAACCAUAACCUCAACUCUGUUCGGUAAAGAUAUCGAAAGUCUGAAAAUUUACUGUACACUGGUAGCUGCACUUAACGCAACAAAUUGGGGUUUCAGUUAACGCAAUUUUUAGGUGUCGCCAUCUUUGGUAUUUUAUUGUUUUAGAGACUUUAAUAUGUAAAUAAUGGUCAACCUUGAAGAUAAUUGCAUGAUCUAAUAGAUGGCGACUAUGGUAAAAAUUGACCCAUUUGUUGCGUUAACUGCAGCAACCAGUGUAUUAAAUUAUGGCUAAAUAAAUUCAAUUGUUGAUUUAAAUAUCGUUUUUGUUUUGACGUGAUAUUAAAA